AUGGAAGCAUCGCCGCAUCGACCAUUGCACGAGGACGCACACACGACAUCACAAUCAUUGAUCCGUCCGCCACCACAGCAGCAAGAGUCGGCAAGGAAAGCGCGAAGCGAGAGACCUGCUGCAUCCCUCAGGUCCACGCCUCCGGCAUCCCUCAGGCACACGGGAUAUGACAGACGACUGGCGUUGUCACCCGUUUUACCUGCCGAUGAUGAGGAGGACCUCACCCCAUCCACGAACGACGCCGCACCCUUGCCCUCCGACUAUCUCUUGAGCCCGGUCCAAUCGUCAACGGGAUCGACAGCACAAACAACGACAGCAACCAUCCAUCGCACUAUUCCGCCGCCACUUGUGGCUGGCCAAUACCAGGAGGUUGAACAACCCUCCACUGGUGAAGAAGACGCUGCAGGUUCGAUGGCCGAUUCGCGACAAGAGCGUGAACUUGACAUUGAUUCGGCGGCCGAGGAAGAAGUCACCGGUUCGAACGAUGAAGACGCUGAGCUGCAUCUGAACGAUGGAGAUGCUAAGCUGCAUCAGGAGGUGGACCCGGCGGCCGAGGAAGAAACCACCGGUCUGGACGAUGAAGGUGCUGGGCUUCAUCAGAAGGAGGAUCCGGUGGUGGAACAAAACGCCGAUUUGGCUGAAAAUGCUGACCGAGACUUCCACCAAGGAAAAAGAUCGGUGGCGAAGCCAGACACUAGUCUGAACGAUGAAGACGCCGCCCUGCAUCAAGAGGCGAAUUCACUACGCAGAAAUUUCGUGCGAGGCAAAGAGUCGGGGUUGUUUCAGCGUACCAUGUCCGAGGACUUUCAACGCAAGAGGUCCAAAUUCGAGCGAAACCAUGAAUUGACCCAGCGAGCCCAGUCCCUGGAUUCUGGCACCAUCCAUCCGCAGCAGCAGUCGAAGAUUCACCGAGACAUCCCACUAUCCGAUGAGCGAGGAAAGAAUCAUGGCAUUACUCUAACCCUCGUGGAGUGUCUCGUCAUCUGCCUCUGCGUCAUGGACGUGCUGGGGUCCAUCGUUUCGAGAAACCUCUACCUUCCCGGGUGCUUCUCCCACCGCCAUCAAUUUAUCCACCGCUUCUACGGCCGCAGUGGUACCGUCAAACACGAAGAGUCGGUCUUCUCCACUCCUGUAGCGGGCUUUGUCCCGAUCACGAUGACGACGGCGACGACGGAUGGCAUCAACUAUAUCAGGAGUCCGUGGAGUUCGAUCUCCGUCCAAGAGCCCUCGUCAAUCGGCACCAUGGAGCUCGCGCAGCGGCUGAACACGGUGAUGAGUACACACCGAGGACUCCUCAAAAAGCAGCACCAGGUGCAGGACAUGUCGGAAGAUGCCCUCGCUCGGCAACACCGGUCCCUCCAGCAAAUGGACUUGACCGUCGAGAACAUGCUAGUGUUGCACGGAGCCGGGCUGGACGAUGACGGGAGUGCUGCUCGGCGGGAAGAAAUUCGAGCGCAAUUGUUGAGCAUGUUGGACCCGUUGAGUUUGUGGGGAAGCGAGGGCGGCGGCGUCGCCGUCGAGGUGAUGAAUUCGCUGUGUGCAGGAGUACUUGCAAUUCGUCAGUUAGUGGGAAUAAUGGUCGUGCUCCGCCUCGCAUCUUCUGGGAUGCAGACGAAGUAA